AUGGCAGCGAGCCCCGGGACGAUCACUAAUGCGGACUCUGCAUCGGGAGGUGGAGAGGACGAAGGUAAACAUGUCAAACCUUUUACACCAGAGAAAGCAAAAGAAAUCAUAAUGUGUUUACAACAACCUGCAGUCUUCUAUAACAUGGUUUUUGAUUGGCCGGCACAACACUGGACUGCGAAACAUCUUUCUGAGGUCCUUCAUGGCAAGCAGAUACGAUUUAGGAUGGGAACGAAAAGCUCAGACACAGCUCCUCAGUUUGAAACCGCAUGUAAUUAUGUAGAAGCUACACUUGAAGAGUUUCUUUCCUGGAACUGUGACCAGUCUAGUAUUUCUGGAGCAUUUAGAGACUAUGAUCAUUCCAAAUUCUGGGCUUAUGCUGACUAUAAAUAUUUUGUCAGUUUAUUUGAAGACAAGACAGAUAUUUUCCAGGAUGUGAUAUGGUCUGACUUUGGGUUUCCUGGAAGAAAUGGACAGGAAAGUACAUUGUGGAUCGGCUCCCUGGGGGCCCAUACACCCUGUCAUCUGGACACCUAUGGUUGCAACUUAGUAUUCCAGGUACAAGGAAGGAAAAGAUGGCAUCUCUUUCCUCCUGAAGAUAUUCCUUUCCUUUAUCCAACUAGAAUCCCUUAUGAAGAAUCCAGUGUGUUCAGUAAAAUCAAUGUUGUCAAUCCUGAUUUAAAACGUUUUCCUCAGUUCCGGAAAGCUCGAAGACAUAUGGUUACGCUGAGCCCAGGACAGGUUCUAUUUGUUCCCAGACACUGGUGGCAUUAUGUGGAAUCCAUUGAUCCUGUCACUGUCAGUAUAAACUCAUGGAUUGAGCUGGAAGAGGACCACCAAGCCCGGGUAGAAGAGGCAAUCACCCGCAUGCUUGUGUGUGCCCUGAAAACUGCAGAGAAUCCACACAAUACCAGAGCUUGGUUAAACCCGACUGAGCUUGAGGAAACAUCCCAUGAAGUCAAUUGUCACUACUUAAAUGGAGCCAUUUCUGCUUUUUUUAAUCAUUAUGGAACUUCUGAAGUAGUAGAAACCCAAGCGCUGAGAACAAACAGAGAAUACACAAUAAAGGAAGAGUUAAAUGUGCACAACCACGUGGAGGUAGAACAAAUUGGUAGCCACAACUUAAGUUCAGAAACAGUAAAACAAGAAGCAGCAAGUCCUUUUGGCCUUGAUCUUGUUCCUGUCAUACCAAGUUCCCAAGAACCAUCUUCAGCAAGAGGAGGCAUAUUUGAAAAUGAUGGUGAAGAGUUUGUCAGCAUAAAUGGAAAAUCCUUUGGAAAACUGCUUAAUACCAAGAGGCAACGAAUGAUGAGUGAGAGUGAGAAUGCAGUUGUGGAACAGGUUGCUUCAGAUAGGACUGGGGCCCUUUCCCAAACAUUCGUUUCUACAGAUGACUUGCUGGACUGCUUGGUGAAUCCACAGGUAACCAGGAUAGUGGCGCAACUUCUGAUUCAAGGAAAAAGUGUGUGA